AUGCCUCUUGCUAAAUCACUCAACAAAGUCAGUAAGAAGAUCGCUGGGUCCUCGGCAACGCUUCAUGCUAAAGGCAGAAAGUUCAAGCAGCUCGGUAGAGCCACCGAGAGAGAAGCCAAGAUCAAGGCCAAGAAGCAGAGACACAUGGAGCAGAAGAACCACGAGCUUCUCUUCUAUUUGCAUAUCCAAGAGAGCAUCAAGGAGAAUCCUCAAGAAACUUUUGAUUUGCACGAGAUUAGGGAAAUCGUCAGACAGUGGGUUAUUCGUGACGACGAAGAACUUGCAGAGAUCGACAAGAACAGAAGACCCGGUAGACCAUUGACCAGCAGGCAGCAGCUUCUUAAGGAGAAGAGAAAACACGAUGAACACGUUUUCGAAACAGGCCUUCGUACGCCUGAUCUUAGAGAUAAGGACACUGUGGUGAAUGUCAAGAACUGGAACGGAAACGCCGGUGCCAGUACUGCCUGGAAGUUUACCUUGAUCACCAAGAACGCAGGCGACGACGAGAUGACUAACUAA